AACCUUCUGCGAACGGACAGUAGAAUUUUGUGGAAAUUUAUGGGGUUUCGAUGCUGUGUAGGAAAUGACAAAUAAAAUUUCGGACGUCCAUGCCUGACGCUGAUGAUGCCAUAAGUACCACAAGCCAUGUCAUCUCCUGAAGCAGCCUCCCCUUCCACGCCAUCCGAUGCGCCUGCCGUCUCACCUGCGGUGGCUGCAGUCCGGCGGCGCUGGCGGCGUCCAAAACGUCGCGAGCGGAACGUAGCCGGGGCCGCCUUCAGCGUGGUGGUCAUCGCUGCUCUCAGUACCGCCCUGGCGGAACCGCGGUGGUUCCACGUUCAUGGCGGAAAGUGCCAACACACCAACGAGUACAUCGGCAUCAACCUGUUCCUCAGAGACAGUACCGUCAAACCCCUCCUGGACUCUUACUGUGUGACAGAACACGCCGUUCUGAUACUCCGGGUCGUCGUCACGCUCAGCAUGGUCGCCAUAGUAACAAGCCUCGCUGCUUUCAUCAUAGACAUCCUGGGAUCCAUGAGGAGAUCGUGGCGGAUUCUGAGACGUAACGGGGUGGCGAACAUCCUGACCGUGCUGCUGUGUGUCACGGUGAACGGGCUGUGUUACUGGGCCUCCACCAUGAUGUACGCGCUUCAGCACAGCCACCGCAUCUACACGGGGAGUAAGGUGUACGUCGCGUUCGACGUCGGAUACUACCUCGUGGCUGGUGCCGGGAGCGCCGCCGUGUUGGCGGUGGCGUGCGGACUUCUGCGCCGAUACCCGCCGGAAGACGACGACCAAUCGGAUGGACUGAUGCUGAUGGAUAACGAUGAACUUGAUUUUUGGCGGGGAGUGGAAUAUGCCGCAAUGAUGGAACGGCAGCAAGCACCCCCUCCUGCAUACGCUCCUUAGAACUAAAAGUAAAAGUAUUUGAUCGACUGUCACUUUAAGUAUUCCAAAGCUAAUAAAGCAGUAUAUACAAUCAAAUAAAUGGACUGUUAUCAUAACUACACCUGCAUAAUUUUUUUUUCAUACGCAGAGAGCAUAUUUUGUAAAUGUAGCAAAUGAGCAACAGAUUCUAACUUUGAAUUGUGAUCACAAAGGUGACACUGUAUUAAACUUAGCAGUAUUUAACCUUGGCACUUCUAAUGGUACACUUAUGCAUUAAAUAUUUGUUCUUGUUACAGGUGAAAUUAGCACAGAGACAGUAAAUGUAACUUUUCGUUUAUGAAUGUCAAGACAUCAAUUUAUGGGAGAGUAUGAUUUGAUAACAAAAUGUUACAAUUGAUGUUUAUAUGACAUAAUCAACGAUUCUGGAAAUCAAUUGUUUUGGCUGGUUCUAACAUGCCAAAGACAGCAGAACACAAGACAUUCUAAACUUUGCAAAAAGGAAAAUUCUUUUCGUUUUCUGAGAGGAGUUUCUGUUGUUAUGUAAGGAAUCAAUGGAUGUACAUAUAUUUGUUCGUACUAGUACAAUGUACUUGAUUGUGCAAUUCAUGACUUAUUUUGUUCAAUAAAGAUAAAUUAUGAA